UAAGUAAAAUUGUUGGUGAAAUUACUUUCAUGUAAUGAAACCUAUUAGGAUGAUAACACAAUACCCUUCGCCGAUAUUAAUAUUGAGUGGAAAUUAUGGUUUCACGGAUUAUUAUGGUUUACUGAUCGUAAAUAGGAAUAAUCGGUUUAUAAAAAAAUUUUGUGAUUGAAAAAUUAUUCGAAGAUUGACUGAAAUCAAUCGAAAUGAAUGUUUUACGUACAAUUCUCUGUUGCAUUUCGAUCGAACUAACAUUUGGAGGAAUUCUUCCAAGUAUCAAUGGAAUUGUAGAGGAUGUUUUUAAUGCGACCAAAAAUGCAACAGAAAAAAUACAAAAGACUACUGAGCAAGCGGUGGGAAAAGUUGUGAAUGGAACGAAAGAUGUUGCCGUGAUGCUGAAUGAAAAAGCAUUCGAUGUGGGGUCUGGAAUAGUCGAUAGAGUGAAAGGAGUGAUCAGUAAACCUGUCAAUCUCAACGAUUUAGCUUUCUAUGUAGUAAGCUCCAAAAAUCCAGAUGAGGCUAUCCAAAUUGAUUAUCAUGAUCCAGGAGAUGCGUGUGAGUUUGAAGCAAAAACAUUUUUUCUGAUUCAUGGAUGGCGGGCAAGUGCGAAUUCGGAAUGGAUUAAAGAUGUAUCGAAGAUUUUGGUGUCUAAGGAAAAUAAUACACAGGUGAUUCAACUGGAUUGGGAAAAACACGCGAGCGAUACUUAUGGUUUUGCUGCAUUUGAUACGAGAAGUAUUGGAGAUUUUGUUGGUAUCCUCAUCAAUUCCUUGAUUACGACUCAUAAGAUACCGAGAGAGAACAUAGUCGUUAUUGGCCAUUCUUUAGGAGCUCAAAUAGCAGGAUGGGCGGGAAAAAAAUUCCAAGAACUCAAUGGGGUGAAGUUACCCAGAAUUAUAGCUUUGGAUCCUGCAGGUCCAUUUUUCAUUCUAAGACCGGAUUCUAAGAAGCUGAAUAAGAAUGAUGCUGAAGUUGUCAUGGUUAUUCACACUGAUAAUGACAAAUUGGGUUACCCUUCUGUUUGUGGUACUAUUGACUUUUUCCCGAAUGGAGGAGGAAGCCAGCCUGGUUGCUGGUCAGUAGAUCUUGGAAAUAUCUCAACAUAUACUGGUCCAGUAACAUGUGAUCACAGUAGAGCCUGGCAACUCUUCAGGGAGGCUGUAGAAAUAAAUGCCUCAUUUCCAGCAAGGCAAUGUGGAAAUUACAGCAAUUUCAAAAAAGGAAAAUGUGAUGACAAUUUAGUUAUAGCAAUGAGUGACUUGAAAACUGUAGCCCAAGGGAGUUUCUACCUUGAGACAAAUCCUGAUUCGCCUUAUUCCCAACCCCUUAAAGUUCAUAAGGAUGACCAAAGUGAGAAUUGAACAAGUGUCGAUGGAAUGAAAAUAAAAGACAAUUGGCUCAAUAUAAACCACUCUUAGUCCAACUGGACUCAAUAUGAAAAAUGCUUUAAGUUUGGUUCAUGUUUAAAUAAAAUAAAUUUUUGUAUUCGA